AUGGAGACAACAAAAGUAAAUCUUUCCAUAGCAGUUUCUUCUCUUUUCAUCUUUUCUUUUGCUGUUUCUGUUACAGCUAGCCUCUCUUUCGACUUCUAUGCAGCUUCAUGCCCUUCAGCUGAGUUUAUCAUAAGAAACACAGUUAGUUCAUCCACUUCUAAUGAUCCUUCCAUUCCUGGAAAGCUCCUUCGCUUGGUUUUCCAUGAUUGCUUCGUGGAGGGAUGUGAUGCAUCUUUGAUGCUACAAGGGAAUAAUACAGAGAAAAAUGAUCCAGGAAAUAGGUCUGUUGGAGGAUUUUCAGUUAUAGAAUCAGCAAAAAGAGUCCUUGAGAUCUUUUGCCCUGGAACCGUUUCUUGUGCAGACAUAAUUGCUCUAGCUGCUAGAGAUGCUGUUGAAGUUGCUGGUGGACCAAUGAUUGAGAUUCCUACUGGUAGGAGAGAUGGGAUGGUUUCAGCUGCUUCAAAUGUCAGACCCAACAUUGUGGACACCAGUUUUACAAUGGAUGAGAUGGUUAAGCUCUUUUCCAAUAAAGGAUUAUCCUUACUUGAUCUUGUGGUCCUUUCAGGAGCUCAUACCAUAGGAACCGCUCAUUGCAACUCAUUCAGGGAUCGUUUUCAAGAAGACUCGAAGGGAAAGCUUAGGCUCAUUGACAAAACCCUUGACAGUAGCUAUGCUAAUGAGCUUAUGAAACAGUGUCCAAUAGGUGCAAUGCCAUCUGUAACGGUGAACAAUGAUCCUGAAACAUCUAUGGUCUUCGACAAUCAGUAUUAUCGAAAUCUUCUAGACCACAAAGGGCUAUUCCAGUCAGAUUCUGUUUUGUUAAACAAUGAUGACACAAGGAAAUUAGUGGAGGAUUUUGCAAACGAUCAACAACUUUUCUUUGAAAAUUGGGGCAUGUCGUUCUUGAAGCUCACCAGUGUUGGAGUAAAAACAGGUGAUGAGGGUGAAAUUAGACGUUCUUGUGCUGCAACUAAUGCAUAA